AUGAAUUUUGUAACAGUUAUGGGCGAUGAAAUGGAUCCGUGUGAGUGCUUGUGGAAUCAUGAGCUGGCUAUGCGACGGCUUAUAUCACUAUUGCGCCAAGGCCAAACAUACUGCACAGAUGGGGAAUGUCUAGAGGAAUUACCAUCCUUACCCCAACCAGAGUCGGCUAGCAACAAUUUCCUGUUUAUGUUUAUGAUGAUGGCUCUAGCACUUGCGAUGUACAUGAUACGCCCACGCCGCAACCAAAUCCAGGAUGCUGCGAAGCCCGCUCCAAACUCUCAUGACCGUGACGGUGCGCCACCAACGCCACCUAGAAUUUAA